GACUUUUGGCUAGGAGUCUCCGUAGAUCAAGGACGGAUUAGAGUAGUUUGUUAGUUGCUUGGCCUUGGGUGGUAGUUUUUGUUUCUUGCCAUUUGUGUGUGUUCUAGGCUUGAGGUUUUUCUACUUGCAGCUGUUUGUGUGCCAGCAUUGCACUUUUCUUAACCUUAAUUUGCUCGUUCGUUUUAUUUUACUUUAUUUUUAGCGUGCUAUGUGUUUUCUGUGUUGCUCGAGCUGGAGGUCUCUUGGAAACAGCUUAUCUGCUUUCUAGUAGGGGUAAGGUGUGUGUACACGCACCCUCCCCAGACCCUACUUUCGUGGGAUUGAAUUGGAUUGUUGUUGUUGUACCAUAUUAGUAUUGUACUCUACAUUGGAUUAGGACUAGGUUAACUUGCUCAUCAAGACUCUUGGGAGUAGUAGAAAUAAAGUUAUUCAUUAAUAAAAUCAUCAAUAGUUUUGGUCUUUUGGAGUCAGUCAGUCAGUUCACGAGUGUGUUUGGCAACUUCAAGCACGGACCCUAGACCCUACUCUGCCAAGGGCAAGUAAUUCUUUAUCUUUACAGCUUUCAGUCAUCAUCUUUCUUCCCCUCCACGCACGUAACGAUGUGGUACUCCUAACUGUCAUGCCGUGCUUCCUCGCAAUGAUUUGUUCUUAUACUGCUUGACCUGAUCUAAAGCUAAGUUUUGCCUGAAAUUAUAGAUAAAGUUUUGUUUUCUUUUUUUGAAUUCUUUCAACUAUUGUGUUUGAAUUUUGAACCUUCUCUCUUAAGGUUAUUUUCUUCCAGCGGAAGAUGCCCCAUAAAGUUGAUGAGCAAGGAUCAGUAUCAGGUCCACAUCGAAAGAGAGGGAGGCCAAAGAAACGGACAGCCAAGCUACCACAAUCUACAGCUCAAGGUAAGCUGAAGAGAAAAAAAGUGAGAUCAUCAAAGACAGUGGUCAGAACUCCCGAUGUACUAGUUGAAUCUCAAAUAUCAGGAUUUUCUCUUAAUGCUGUUGAGGCUCAUGGAAAGGAAAAUGUGGAAUCUGUACCUAUGGAGAAGGCUGUUAGCGAAGGUCCCGUACCUAUGGAGAAGGCUAUUAGCAAAGGUCCCAUACCUAUGGAGAAGGCUGUUGGCGAAGGUCCCAUACCUAUGGAGAAGGCUGUUAGCGAAGGUUCCGCACCUAUGGAUAAGGCUGUUAGUGAAGGUCCCAUACCUGUGGAGAAGGUUGUUUGUGAAGGUCACAGCAAUGGUUCUGAAGAUGAUCAGCCUCUCUCCACCUGGGUUGGAAAAGUGCACACUCGAACUCCUGUUGAUGGAUCAAGACUUGCACAACCCCACCAGAGCUUGCCUUUUGUGAAGAAAGACGCACUCAUAUGGGACAUAUUAGAAUCCAGAGAAGCCUUUCAGAAAAUUCCCCAGAACCCUCAUUUUCAGCCGCUCCAACACAGUGAAAAUUUUCGUCGCGAAACUCUGGCUAUCUUCUACAUGUGUUCUUUUGCUGAUCUAGUAGACAAGGCUUGCCACUUGAAGCUUGACGAACCCAGAAACACCAUUGACAAAAUGUUUGACACACUAGCUGAGCUGGAGACCCAUGGGUUCAGUGUUGAGCCGAUACGCAGCCGCUUGAAGGAGAUCCUGUCAUACAGAGAAGAACAUGAAAAUCUGCAAGUCUCUUCUGCUGGGACCCGCAGCGAAAUGGAGAAGCAGAGCGCGCUCAAAGUGGACCUGAUGAAGCAAAAAGCCGAGCUGGAGAAGUCCCUUUCCCAGGUGGUGGCCAAGUUGGAGUCAAAGGAAAAGGACAUAGCUUCUCUGCAGUCCAGUGUGGAUGAGAUGAACGAGAGGCUCGGACAUUUGAGCCGGGAUUAUGAAGCCUUGAUUUGCAAACCAUUUGAACCGCCCGUACAAAACGUGUAGGCCUAGGGGUGGUGUGGGGGGGGGGGGGUGACCCUAGGGCUAUGAAUGUGUCGAUCCCCAGUUUUUGUAUGUUAAUUAUGUAGAAAACUGCUGUUAUAUAUGGCUUAGCUCUAAUGACCACUUCAUAGUUUUGAGACCAAAACCCCUCAAGUUUCAUGUUGCAUUAUAAGUGUUAUCAUUUGGGGCCCUUUGUUUGUACUUGUAAAAUUAUUACUAUGUACUCCCCCCUCCGUCCCUAAAUAGAUUACAAUUUUUUUU